AUGGCCGAGCACCAGGUCAAGCUCGCGUCGACCGUCCUCAAGCAUCCCGCCGUCGUCGCCUCCUCCUCAUCUCACCCACCCUCUCUCAAGCGGAAACUCGCAGAUGGCACCCACUCGGGCUCGGACGGCGAAAGCGAGGCGGCUCAGGGCGUUGCAGGGGAGGGCUCAAAGGUACUGUCGAAGCUGGAGAAGGGGAAAGCCAAGAAGCGACGGAAGGAGGAGCAGCGAGCAAUGGAGAACCCGCCGAGCUUUGCUUUCGACACUCGGGGCUUCAAGGGCGGACGGAUGGUCAAGGUCACGGACGUUCGAGACCUCGUCCUGCACCUGAUGGCGAACGACAAGGCGCAGUCCUGGCUCCUCGUCAAGAACAAGUCCAACUUGCGACGAGUAGUCUGCGUCAUGGCGCCCGGCAUCCUCACCACCGACCUUGGCAUUCCCCAGCCUCCGCUCUCGACGAACUUGCCCUUCCCUCUCGCACCCUCAGCCGACCUCGCCUCGAAACUGCCCGUCUUCCAGAACCUCUUCUCGCAUGCGUGCCCGACCAAGGCACCUGGCGAGAAGAACCGCAUGCAUAGCCCGUACCAGCAUUUCACGACUUGCCCGAUGACGGGCGCAGAGAAGGACCGGCGGCAGAAGGCGCGGAAAGAGCGCGGACAGCAGCAGAAGACGUCCGACCCCUCAAUCUACCUCCUCUCGCCUUACGACAUGGCCGAGCAGGCCUACCCGACUCCCUCUCCUCUUCCUUCGCCCUUGCCGACCGAACCGAACCCCUCCUUCAGCUUUGAAGACUGGCAGAAGGCAGAUGGGUGGGUUGAGGCGCCUUACCAGCCGGAAAGGGAGGGGCCGAAGCGGGUGCUCGGCAUGGAUUGCGAGAUGUGCUUGACGGACGACGGCUCGGAGCUCACGCGCCUCUCGGUUGUCGACAUGGACGGCAAGUCGGUUUACGACAAGCUCGUUAAGCCGGACAAGCCCAUUCGCGACUACUUGACUCGCUUCUCCGGCAUGACGGCCGAGAAACUCGAGGGCGUGACGACCCGCCUCGUCGACGUGCAGCGGGACUUGACACAGCUUAUGGAUUACAACACGAUUCUCGUUGGGCAUUCGCUCGAGUGCGAUCUCAAGGUGCUCAAGCUCAUCCACUCAAAAGUCAUCGACACCUCGGUUCUCUACCAACAUCCCCGCGGACCGCCCUUCAAGGCGUCCCUCAAAUGGCUCGCGCAGAAGUGGCUCAAGAAGGAGAUCCAGGUGCAGGGGAACGGCGCGGAUGGUCAGCCUGUCCUUGGACACGACUCGCAGGAGGAUGCGCGAACGGCGAUCGAGCUGCUGAAGCUGAAGAUGGAAAAGGGUCCCGGUUUCGGCGAGAUGACGCUCGACCAGGAGACGAUCUUUGAGCGGAUCGGGCGUGGGCAGGACGCGAAGACAUCGGCGGUCGUCGACCACGGAACGCCCAAUCAGUGGAUCGGUGCGAAGGCGACGACUGCCGUCGCGUGCAAGAACGACGACGAGGUCCUGCAAGGACUCCUCGACUCGGUCGAGCAGCACGACUUGACGAUCGGCCGCUUCAUGGAUCUCUCCCACACUCUCGGCUGGACUCAGCCGUGGACCCAGCGCGGCCAGAACGCAGGCGAAGGCGACGCUUCCAACGGCGACAGCACGUCCCGCACCUCUGCCUCCCCUACCGACAUCGACACCGCAUACGCCGCACUCAACAAGCGCCUGCAAGCGCUGCACGCUGCCCUCCCUCCGCUCACCGCCCUCAUCGUCUUCACCGGCAACUCGAACCCGCUCGAAAUGAUGCGCCUCGCCGCCAAGAAGGCCAAGUUCGACCGGCUGUGGAAGACGAUCAAGCAGAGCGAGAUCAAAGACGAGGAUAGGUGGAUGGAGCACGAUGAUCGCCAGUUGCUUGAGGAGGUCGAGAAGGCGCGAUGGGGGUUGAGCUUUUUCUGCGUCAAGUAG